AAAGACUUAAUCGCUAACCGCCUGUACAGUUCUCCCCUCCGAAGCAACCCCAGCUCUGCCAACAGAGGACUGGCCACACAAUCGAGUCGCAAGCGUGGUCGCACAAAUGGCGACGAUGGAUCAUCGAUCGGCCCAGCUUCGAGCCCUAUGCCAUCAUCGCCUCCUGCUCCUUUCAUGGCGCAUGGUGGGGACGACGACGAGGACAUCGAGGACGAGGCGGAAAUUCAGGAUGACUUGGACGAGCUUGAUGAAAUGGCCGAAGAUGAAGUUGAUCUUUUCCGAGAGGGGUUCGAAGUAGACUACAGAGCUAGGGACGAUGAUGGAUAUGAAGGUAUCGACAUCGACGACGAAGGCGAAUAUGGAGACAUGGACCUAGCUGCCAGACGACGGCUCGAGGCCACGCUCAACCGCAGAGACCGAGAAGUCGCUCGACGCCAACGAGUGCCUGCUGCUUUCCUGCCUGGGGAAGACGACGAAGGCGAUAUUGACCUCUCGGCCCAACCUCGACGCAGGCGCCAUCGCUACGAUGAGGACCCCGAUGAAGACAUGGAUGCGGACAUUAUGGACGAAGAGCUUUCCCUCGAGGCCCUACAGGAUGUCAAGGCAGCUAGUCUGACGGAAUGGGUGUCCCAACCUUUUGUGCAACGCACCAUCAAGAGAGAGUUCAAAGCUUUCUUGACGGAGUACACCGACGACCACGGCUCCUCUGUUUACGGAAACCGCAUUCGUACCCUUGGUGAGAUCAACGCCGAGUCUCUCGAAGUCUCUUACGAAGAACUCUCAACAUCCAAAGCAAUUCUUGCCUACUUCUUGGCCAACGCACCCUCCGAGAUGCUUAAGCUCUUUGAUGAGGUUGCCAUGGACGUUGUGCUCCUUCACUACCCCGAUUACGAGCGUAUUCACUCUGAGAUCCACGUCCGCAUUUUCGACCUUCCCGUUCACUAUACCCUGAGACAGCUUCGUCAGUCUCACCUGAACUGUUUGGUGCGUGUCAGUGGAGUCGUCACCAAGAGAACUGGCGUCUUCCCUCAGCUCAAGUAUGUCAAAUUUGACUGCACCAAGUGCGGGGUCACACUCGGCCCAUUCCAGCAAGAAGCCAACACCGAGGUCAAAGUCUCGUACUGCCAAGCCUGCCAGUCCCGAGGCCCGUUUACCCUGAACUCCGAGAAGACGGUCUACCGCAACUACCAGAAGCUUACCCUUCAGGAGUCGCCCGGCACUGUCCCCGCUGGUCGUUUGCCUCGCCACCGAGAUGUCAUCCUUCUCUGGGAUCUCAUCGACAAGGCCAAGCCUGGUGAAGAGAUCGAAGUGACCGGCGUAUACAGAAACAACUACGACGCUCAGUUGAACAACAGGAACGGAUUCCCUGUUUUCGCCACUAUCCUUGAAGCAAACAAUGUUGUCAAGUCCCACGACCAGCUGGCAGGCUUCCGCAUGACGGAGGAAGAUGAGAACGAGAUUCGCAAAUUGUCUCGCGAACCCGGCAUUAUCGAGAAGAUCAUCAACUCCAUGGCGCCGAGCAUCUAUGGCCAUAAUGAUAUCAAGACUGCUGUGGCGCUGUCCUUAUUUGGAGGCGUUGCUAAAGUAGGACGAGGCUCUCACCAGGUCCGUGGAGACAUUAACGUUCUGUUGCUGGGUGAUCCCGGUACGGCGAAGUCCCAAGUUCUCAAGUAUGUGGAAAAGACGGCCCAUCGAGCCGUUUUCGCAACGGGACAGGGAGCUAGUGCAGUCGGUUUGACAGCCAGUGUUCGGAGAGAUCCUUUGACGAGCGAGUGGACUCUCGAAGGCGGCGCUUUGGUGCUUGCCGACAAGGGCACCUGCCUGAUUGACGAAUUCGACAAGAUGAACGACCAGGACAGGACGUCCAUCCACGAAGCCAUGGAGCAACAGACGAUUUCCAUAUCCAAGGCCGGUAUCGUCACGACUCUUCAGGCGCGCUGCGGUAUCAUUGCUGCAGCCAACCCUAUUGGUGGGCGGUACAACUCAACGAUUCCCUUCUCCGCCAACGUGGAACUUACGGAGCCCAUCUUGUCUCGUUUCGACAUCCUUUGCGUCGUCCGGGAUACCGUUGAGCCUGAAGAGGAUGAGCGUCUUGCGCGGUUCAUCGUUGGCUCUCACAGCCGCAGUCAUCCGUCGACAUCACAGCCCGGUGAGGAUUCGAUGGAUGUUGAGCACGAGUCAGAGAACCAGGAAACGCAAGCAGAAUCACAGAAGAAGGAGAGUGAGAUCCCUCAGGAACUUCUCCGCAAGUACAUUCUAUAUGCGCGCGAUCGCGUGAGUCCCAAGCUGUACAACAUGGACGAAGACAAGGUCGCGCGUCUGUUCGCCGAUAUGAGAAGAGAAUCCCUGGCAACUGGCGCGUAUCCUAUCACGGUGCGUCAUCUCGAAGCCAUUAUCCGUAUCAGCGAGGCCUUCGCAAAGAUGAGACUGUCGGAGUACUGUAAAGCGGAAGAUAUUGACAGAGCCAUUGCCGUAACUGUCGAAAGUUUCGUUGGAAGCCAGAAGGUCAGCUGCAAGAAGGCAUUGGCACGCGCCUUCGCCAAGUACACAUUGAACAAGCCGGGUUCCCAAAGGAGGGCUGGCGCCGGAAGCCAGGCGACGAGACGAGCGGGUGCAGCCCGAGCCUAA